AAAAUUCUCUCCUUUUUUCACUGUAAAGUUCAGUAAAGAAGUUUUGCUGCAUAAGUAGUGAAUAUGGCUGGAAAAACCAGUGAAGAAGUUGAGCAACAACAGCAAACGGAAAAUGCAGAGCAAAACCAGAAUCAGGAGCUCGUCGAACAGUCAAGUGCGCCCGAAUCGGUUGAUCCAGAAUGUUUAAUCAAGCAUCCACUGCAACACACUUGGACCUUGUGGUACUUAGAGAUGGACCGCAACAGAUCUUGGCUAGAUUCUAUGAACCAAGUGAGCAGUUUCUCUACGGUGGAAGAUUUCUGGAGCCUGUUCAAUCACAUACGUGGACCGUCUGAGAUCAAAGUAGGUGGCGAUUAUAUGUUAUUUAAAUCGCAUAUUCGCCCGAUGUGGGAAGACGAUGCGAACAAACGCGGAGGUCGAUGGAUUGUUACCACGAAUAAGAACCUUUCAGAUAGAUAUUGGCUGGACACGGUUUUGUGUUUGAUCGGAGAGGCGUUUGAACACUCCGAUCAGGUCUGCGGGGCGAUCGUAAAUGUUCGUCUAAAGACUGAUAAAAUCUCCAUCUGGACCUCCAACCAUCAGAACCAAGUGGCUGUAAUGGACAUCGGACAAACAUAUAAGGACCGGUUAGGUCUCCGUCAGCAACUAGCUUACCACAUUCAUAAAGAUACGAUGUCCUCUGCGCCUGGUGGGUCUACGAAGGCUAUAUACAAUGUUUAAUACGUGAAGCUAUCUUUUAUUAACAUCUACUUUGGAGAGUGAAAACGGCGAUGUCGAAUGUAGUGAAGACGAGAACCUUGAACGAUGAUAUCGAAGAAAGCGCAAGAAAACUGGCGCAAUACAGAAGAAAAUGGAUUUCUUAUACUUAGAGAAUAACCUUUAGCUAGCGAUGGAGAGCGUAUUGAAUGCGAUUUUUACAUGUACUAGGGAGGAUGGAUCUGGUCAUAGAAUUGAGAUGGGAGAAGAGAAUAGAAAAAAAUGCAUCGGUAGAAGGCAAAAACAACUUGUGCUACAAUUUUUCUUGGUCAUCAUGAACGUAACAUUCACCUGACUCUUGCGACUGUUAGUAGACUUUACUACUAACCCUCAGAAAUGGAAUGAAUACUGUGGGACAGAUCUAUUAGAUUGCUCAAGAGGUGAAAAUGAGUUAGGCCAAGCCGCGCGAGUCAGUUUUUAGUGUGAAGUUAUUGCUAAAUUUGAGAAUCGAUGGUGUCUGUUCUUUUUGUAAUAUGCGGGAGUAAGUGCGCGAGAAGUCCGUUUGUGUUCAACUAGCAACAUUUGCCCCGAACGUAUGUUCUAAGUUUUUUUGCUAAGCUUUGCUUCAUUCUUCGUUUAUAUUUUUAUCAUUGAAGCCAAGUUGUACUGCAUUGAAUAAUUGGCAGAAAAAUACAGGGCUGAAGGGAGAUCGCGAAAAUUGCAAUAAUACCAUCUGGUAGUCAAUUUUGCAUGGUGCAAAAAAUCGAAGGCCUCGUUCAUGUGGUAACAUCCAUUCAUUAUUUUUAUAGUCCAUAUACAACAGGGACAAAAUAUUGAAACAGAAUCAUUGGUAUUGGGGUUUGCUUUGCAUAUAGAUCAGUAAAGGCAGCGGAAUGCUGAAUGUUCAUGCAUGCGCGAGCUGCUUGCAUUAUUUUUGCUGUUACGUUGGUAACCACAGAGUGAAUUUGUGGUUAAAAUUGAACAUGUAUAAUGAAAUUAUCUCUACUAAUUAUUGUAAUAUUGUUUAUGAAUAUUUUGAAUAUAUAAUCAUACUCGGCUUAUUUGAUUACAUUGAACAGGGAGCUACCGCUGAAUGAUUAAUUUGUAGAACCAUUUAUACUACUUUUUAUGUUAAAUCCCACUUUAUCAUAAAUUAUACAUUAAAGAAAAAUGAAAAAAUCGUUAUGGAAAAUAUAGACCCAGAAGUUAACAGUCAUCCGGAAUUAGUAUCAAUGCUUUGCAAAGCCGAAAUUCGUAAGAUAAUACAAAUGGAAUCAGAAAAUCGUGAAACUGGAUACCUGCAUGAUGAAAUUUUACAAAAACUAGUUCAGUAAGGAUGAAUGAGUGGAUCAGUCUGAUUUAUUUUGUA